AUGUUUCGGACACGAAUCUGUUCCCUCCUCCUCUUCAGCCUUGCCCUCGUAGACUUCUUGCACCUGGAAGUGCGAGCAGAAGCUGUAGCCAACAGUUCCACAGCAACGCAAAUUUAUGCUGCUGGAGCAACAUUCCCGGAGGAGCUGUAUAUGGAUGCCAUGUUCGCCUAUCAGUUCGUCGAACCCACUGUCACCAUGUCCUACCUCCCGACAGGGUCAGGAGGCGGAAAGAAACGAAUUACACAAGGGGAUCAGAUGAAAGACGACGGUUUCGGUCCUCCCUUCAACAUUGACUUUGCUGGAUCCGACUCCUUGUUGAAUGCCCAGCAGUAUGCCGAUUACCCAGAUUUGCAGAUGUACCCUUCAGUAGCAGGAGCGGUGGUUCCAAUCUACAACAUUCCUGAGCUCGAGGAGCGAGCCUUGGACUUGAUCUUGACACCUGAGACAGUGGCCAAGAUCUUCUCUGGAGCCAUCAAGAACUGGAACGACACAACAAUCUACAACGACAACGUGGCUGGGGGCAAUCAGGCUGGAGCUGACGUCCUCAAGAAGAUCAAGUCGUCGAUCAUCGUCUUUGUGCGCAAUGAGGACUCAGGGACUACAGAGAUCUGGAAGAAGUCUCUCGCAGGGGCCUCGGCAUACUUUGCAAAGCAGAUCGGAACCUCUUCAAAGCCUGUCUGGAACUCAACGGCCCGUUACGAGUAUCGAGACGAGAAUAACGGAGUUGCUUCAGGCGUCCUCGCGACCGACUACGCCGUGGGUUACUCAGUGCUGGGAGUAGCACUGAAGCUCAAGCUCAAGUCAGCCAUGAUCCUCAAGCCUGGGUCCACCACUCCGAUCCGAGCAUCAGCAGCAGCCGUUGAGUUCGCAGUGGCCGAGAUGGGUCUAGACUUCGGCAACAACGGCGAUGCUCCUGAACGUCUCACGGCCAACGUCAUGAACGCCCAGGGUUCACUCGCAUGGCCGAUGGUGGGGUACACCUACCUGGUCAUGCGCAAGAAUACGCUAAGGAAGGGAGCCACUUGCGAGCAUCGCAAGGCGACGGUCAACUUCUGGAUAUGGUUCCACAAGUCGGACGUUGCGAGGAACUUGGCUCGAGUCCAUGGCUUCUCUCCGCUACCCGAGAUCGUUCAAAACACAGUUUUGACCCGCCUCAUGGCCGACAUCAAGUGUGACGGGGUAAUCGCCUACGACAACAACAACGUCAAGAUCAUCGACGGGCACACGAUCCCUGUUGUCUUCACCACUCUUGGGAUCCUUGGUAACACGUACAUCGGAGUUGAUCCCUCCGUCACUUUCAACGUGAGUUGCUCGCCUGCACCGCGCGACUAA